AUGUCGUCAACGCCGUUCCGGAUCAUCAUUGUGGGCGGCGGUAUCGCAGGUAUGGCGGCGGCCAUCGCUCUGAGAGCACCAGGUCGCGACAUCACGAUCCUAGAACAAUCGAGACUCAAUACUGAGAUUGGUGCCACCUUAUCGCUCCAGCCAAAUGCGACAAGGAUAUUGCAAGAGACUUGGGGUCUAAAGAACCUGCUCAAGGAUUCGCAGGGGACGGUGGACCAGGGAUUUCGUAUAUACAACGUGGAGGGGAAACUUGUCAACGAGGUCAAAUUAUCGCAGAAGACCGAAUACGGCGCUGACAGAGUUGUCUGGCACAGACAAGACCUUCAUGAGUAUCUCAAACGGGCAGCUACCAGCUUAGAUCUGAAGGGGAAGCCAUGCACGGUGCGAACCUCUAGCCGGGUAGUAGCGUGCGAACCGGAGCUGGGCAUAGUGACACUGGAAGACGGAGCGAAACUAGAGGCAGAUGUCAUUAUCGGCGCAGAUGGAAUUCACAGCGUGAUCCGACCAACAGUGCUUGGAAGACAGGCAAAAGCGAUACCAACCGGUUCCUCCGCAUACCGCUUGAUGAUUUCUACUAAAGAAUUAGAAGAAAACGCUCCCGAAUUCUGCCGAAAUAUAGAUCCUCGUUCUCCAUUCACAUCAAUGGUCAUGGCACAUGAAUGUCGGCUCAUUAUGGGCCCAGCUAGGGGGGGAGAAUUGUACAGUCUGGUUGGAUUGGUACCCGACGAGAAGAUGAACGAAGACCCGGAUGCAGCACAAUCAUGGGUGACCAAAGGCGACAGGGCAAAGAUGUUGGAAACAUUCGAUGCCUUCCCCGAGUGGACAAAGAGCGUGCUGAAGUUGGGAGAUAAUAUUGGUCUCUGGCAAUUACGCGACCUGGAUCCUCUUGAGACAUGGACCCGAGGACGAGUUAUUCUGAUCGGCGAUGCAGCUCAUGCAAUGUUACCAACGCAGGGACAGGGUGCAAGCCAGACGAUCGAAGACGCAGAGGCGCUUGGUGCAUUCUUCCACGACAUCCAGCAUAUACCAGAUUUGGGUGAGAUUGCUACAAUCCUUCAGGAUGUUUUCCGUUGUCGAUUCGAGCGAGCCAGCUUGAUACAGAAGUACAGUCGGGAGGCAGCCAAACCGCCGACGGCAAAAGGCAGUAAUGAAAUAAGAAUGAAGCCGGACGAGUUCAUGGAUUACAACUGUUUUUAUCGAGGGGCAAAGGAGUGGAAAAAGACGCAGAACUUGGUAUCUCCAGCCUGA